AUGAAAGAAAACCAACUUUUAAGAGAAACUACAACAAAUAUUCUUCCUAUAGAAAAGCAAACACCUCAAUCAACAAACUUUGGUAAUAAAGCUGAUGAAACUAAUAAAGUUAGUGAAGUCGAUAAUGUUAAUGAAGUUGAAGCUAAUGAAAUUAAUGAAGCUAUUGAAGCUAACGAAAUUACUAUUGAAUAUGCUCAACAAUGUAACUAUGCAAGAUUCGAAUUAUCAUCAUUUGAGGAGUUUAUAAACUUAUACAAGGCAACAUAUCGUCUAGCUUCUGAGGUUUUGGAUGCUUUAAACCAUUUUCUACUAGCAUUGCAUGAAUUUUUAAAUCUUUGUGAAGAUUUAAUCAAUGUAAAUUUACAAAAUAGAAUGAUAUUUGUUGAUUGGUAUAAUUCAGCU